CCCAAUCCCCCAAAUGUCAAGUCUAAAAUUGAAGGCUUGACCAUUGACAUCUGUUCAUGUGAUUUCUCUAAACACCUCGAAGAAGAGAGGAUUACACAACGCCUCAGCAUCUGUGAUCUCCGUGGAGCAUUUCAUCUUCUUCAAAGCUCGAGAUGGCUUCACUCUUGCGAAGAAUUUCUCGAGUUGCAGUUCCUAUAGGGUUUGGGAAUGCGUUCAGGGAGAUUCCAAACUCGGAUCGCGGCCGCAGGAUUCCAUUGGGAGCGGCCGCCGCGGUUUCGGGCGCCGCUGCUUUUUGCUUCUUUGCCCCGACGGUGGCUCAGCUUGAUUCUCAAAAUGAAGAAGCUUCUAAGAAAGUUGCACUUAAUCCAGAAAAAUGGUUGGAAUUUAAGCUUCAAGAAACUGCCAAGGUCAGCCAUAACACCAAUUUGUACAGGUUCUCUUUUGAUCCAACUGCUAAGUUGGGCCUUGAUGUUGCCUCAUGUAUUAUCACAAGGGCACCUAUUGGAGAGGAAUCAGAGGGAGGAGGAAAAUAUGUAAUUCGACCGUAUACACCUAUAUCAGAUCCUGAUUCCAAAGGCUUUUUUGAUUUAUUAAUCAAGGUUUAUCCAGAAGGUAAAAUGAGUCAGCAUUUUGCACAAUUGAAGCCAGGAGAUGUGUUGGAAGUGAAAGGACCUAUUGAAAAGCUCAGGUACAGUCCAAAUAUGAAAAAAAAAUUUGGAAUGAUUGCAGGUGGCACAGGUAUCACUCCAAUGUUGCAGGUUAUCAAAGCUAUUCUUAAAAAUCCAAAUGACACUACUCAGGUAUCGUUGCUUUAUGCAAAUGUGUCACCAGAUGAUGUUUUGCUGAAGGCAGAGCUUGAUAGGUUGGCAGCUAGUUAUCCAAAUUUCAAGGUUUUCUACACUGUUGAUAAGCCAACCAAGUCAUGGAGAGGUGGUGCGGGCUUUAUAUCAAAUGAUAUGAUUCUGAAGGGAUUGCCAGGUCCUUCUGAGGAUACACUCAUAUUGGUCUGUGGACCACCUGGCUUGAUGAACCACAUAUCAGGCGACAAGGCAAAAGAUAGAACACAAGGCGAACUUUCUGGGUUACUGAAGGAUCUGGGUUACACAGAAGAAAUGGUCUACAAGUUCUGAGUAAAUCACUAAAUAAUUUGCCAUAUAUCUUUGGAUAUAGAGUAAUCAAUUAACAUCCUAUUUUAUCUAUUAUGAUAAAUGAUAAUUGGCUGAGAUAAACCUUGAGAUGCAGCUCAUUUGAGGAAUCUGUCUUUUGAUUACUGUAAAAUAAAUAUAGUAUAUUCUGAUUGAUCAAAGCGCUAUUCAAAUAGCUGUUCUGUAAAUUCAGCAGAAAUUUAUUUUCUUAUUUAAUUUGAUUGUAAAUGCCCAUAAUCUGGCACUAUAUUAAAAUGCAAUGAUAAGAUUACCUCAUUUAUGCUUUA